UCGGGGCUCUGUUCUCUUUGUCCGCACCACAAACCUAAAUCCUAAAAGCGGCGAUCUCCGAUCUACUCGCAUGGCCGAAACCCCCCUCAUCUCUCUCAACGCCCUCGCCGUUAGCAAGAACGAAGCCGACGACAGAGAGCUCGUGGAUGCUGUCGCUGCCGAUGGCACCGUCCUCCCCCUUGGCGAGAAAGAAGCCAAAGACAGAGAGCCCGAUGAUGCUGCCGCUGCCGACGGCACCGUCCUCCCCGUUGGCGAGAAAGAAGAGAACGACAAAGGGUUCGCAGAUGUUGUCGCUGCCGACGGAGAGGAAGCGAACCCCGAUAGGGACACCGCCUCCGCGUCUGAAGACCUAGCUCCCAUCGUUAAACUCCUACCAGAGGAUUUUAUCCGUGAGUUAAUGCUAACCGUGACCAUGUUCACUAGAGUUGGCUGCCUCGAGGAAAACAUCCGCAUCAUGAAGGAGGACGCAUCCGCCAUCAAGUUGAUUGUGUUGGAGCGCAAUAAAAAGCUCAGCUGCUUCCUCGAGCACCUUGAAGAUAAAUUAAAGAGCGUGAACAGUAAAUUCGACCAAUUCGAAGACAGAUUAAAGAUCGUGACCGAGAACCUCGAAGAUAAAUUAGAGAUCAUGACCAGUAAACUCGAGAAUAGUCUCAAACUAGCCAAACCAUCUGGCAGCCAAUUUUGUUUCUGUUUGGACCGUAUGCUUGGUUGAAGAUAAUACUGAAGGCUUGCUUGAAACUUUCAGAGAAGACCGUAAGGAUAUUUUAAUUUUCUGUUUACAUAAAGAAUUGCACAAUUAUAGCUAGAAUCUACAGUAGGAAGUUUAAUAGUUUUUAUAAUAUUCAGUGCAUAUACGGUUAAAGAGAGCCAAAAAUAUUAAGCAUAAAUGUUUUUUGGUAGAAGGAGAAUUAUGCAGAAAACUUCAAAAAUAUGUUAGUCCGGCUUGCCAGCAGAAUCAUAAUCAUGCGACAAGAGAUAAACCUGAAUGAAACAAAAGAAAAAGUGCAAGACAUCCAUCUUAAAUCAAGUAGGAGCUCUUAGGGGUGAGCCGUCAAACCGAUCAACCUGUCUAUACCAACCCAAACUAAACCGAAAAAAAAACCGAUGAAACCGAAUAAAAAUCGGAUUGAAAAAUAAUGAACCCGGCCAGGUCUGGUUCGGAAGCGAUCUACUGCUUCAAAAAAACCACAGAAAACCGAACCAUACAGUUGUAAAGUACCUUGCUGUAAAACACAUCCCCUGGACCCCUGCUGUAAAACACGAACACCCAAAACGAGGGCCUUUGAAGCAAAAUGAUGCGGACGAAGGAUGAACUGACGCUUUUUGAAGCAAAAUGGACGAAGGAUGAACUGAAGCUGAAGCGUCGAACUUCUGAAUCAGCCAAGCAGCACGCCUCGUCGUGGGACUGGUCGACUGGGACUUGGGACUCACACACUCGAGUGCUCGACGCAUGCCUCGACGCCUACCAAAGGAAUGAAGUCGACGCCUUUGUUGGGCGUCUUCUUUUUGGUUGAAAAACCUAGUUUCUACUUUCUAGGUUGGUUUGGUCCGUUUGGAGUCGGCUUUGGGAUUUCAGAAAGAUCAAAAUCUUGAAUUUAAGGUAUGUAAUUACUUUGUUGUAGUAGUUGUUUUCUUUAACAAAAUAGAUGUAUUUGAAUUAACGACAUAUAGUUUCUUAUCACUAACUAGUCCAUAUACAUGGCUUGAAUGGUCUUUUUUUUUUUGUUGUUGUUAUCAUCACACUUAGGAAAAGACUUAUGUAAAGCAGAACCUCUUCUAUGCCAUUGACAUUAUGAGUAGCCUUUUGUGUGAUAUUCCUUAUGUCGUUCUUUUGGGGCAUGCAUUAUUUAAAAAAUAAAUGAACAAUAGUUUGAUACUUCAAGAACAUAUUGAUCUUCAUUGGAACAUAUUUAUCUUCAUUGCAUUAUUCUUGUUGUUAUUAAUUUGUUUAUAGUGAGGGCUGCAUGUAAUUAGUGUGGGAAGGAUUACACAUGUGCUUCUAAAAAAGAUGGAACUAGCAACAUGUGGGCGCAUUUAAAAGUUCAAUGUAAACCCCUUUUAAGAUUAAUACUAUGGAUAAAAAUCAGAAAGUCCUUUCUUUUGAUGCAACAAAGGGUGAUGAUGCUUCACAAACAUUAAAAGCAUUUGCAUAUAAUCCUGAAAUAUGCAGAUGAGAGUUAGCAUCAAUGAUUAUGAUGGAUGAGUUUUCCUUCAGAACAGGACAAGGAGAAGGGUUUAAAAGUUUUUGUCAAGCAAUGCAGCCAAAGUUUGUCAUGCCUUCUUGACAUUCAGUUGCCAGAGAUUGCGUGAGGAUAUAUGUGGAAGAAAAAGAAAAGCUAAGAAAUGUCUUAAAGUCUCAACGUGCUUGACAACAGACACUUGGACAUCUAUACAAAAUAUUAAUUAUAUGGUUUUAACCGGACACUGGAUAGAUGGUGAAUGGAAUUUACAUGAAAGAAUUUUGAACUUUUGUUAGGUUAAUAAUCACUCUGGUAUGACAAUAGGGAAUAUGGUAGAAAAUUGUUUGUUAGAUUAGGGCAUUGAAAACAUUUUAUGCUUGACAGUCGAUAAUGCUAGUUCAAAUGAUAUUGCCAUUACUCACCUAAAAAAGUUGAUAAAAGAUUAGGAGUCGGAGUCGAAUGUUUUGAACAAUGAGUUCAUUUAUAUGAGAUGCAAUGCUCACAUUUUGAAUUUAAUUGUUAGAGAAGGAUUGAAGGACCAUAAUGAAUCUAUUAUGAAAAUUUGAAAUGUUGUUCGUUAUGUGAGAUCUUCUCCGGCUAGAUUGUUGAGUUUCAAAAAUGUUGCUGAGAGAUUGAAAAUUUCUACACAGAAGAUGGUGUGUUUGGAUGUUCUAACAAGAUGGAAUUCAACAUAUUUGAUGCUAGAAUCAGCAGAAAGGUUUGAAAAAGUUUUGAAAGAUUAGAAGAAGAAAGAAGUUCGAAAUAUCUUGACUUUUUUAUGGAAGAAAUCCAAGACAAUUCUAUGCUCCCUGAUGAUACAGUUGGGAAAAGAAAAAUGAAAAGGAACAUAGGACCCCCAGAGAAAAUUGAUUGGCAAAGUGCUCGAGCAUUGAUGAGGUUUUUAAAGAUUUUCUAUAAAGUCAUUGUGUUGUUCUCGAGUUCUUUACAAGUGACUUCCAGUUCUUUCUUUCACGAACUCAUGACUAUUCAAAUGAUGGUAAGUCACAUGUGUAGAAAUGGAGACAUUAUGAUUAGUAACAUGGCGAAAGGAAUGAUGCAAAAAUUUAAUAAAUAUUGGGGAGAAUUUGAGACAACCAAUUUGCUAUUAUAUAUUGCAGUGGUUUUGGAUGCUUGUUAUAAAAUGAAAUAUGUUGAAUUCUGUUUUGACAAUAUUUAUGACUUCCACAGCAGCUGACAAGAAUAAGAUUAAGGAAUUGUUAAUGAGAUUAUAUCAUCAUUAUGCUAGAAAUAUAGAUGAGAAUGUUGACACAAUUGCUCACCAAAAAGAUGUCGCAAAUGAAAUGGAGGAAGAUUUGCAUUUAUCAUUUAUGUCUCAAUUCAAACAACACUUGAUGCAAGCAGAUUCUUUUGACAAAAAAUCAGAAGUUGGAAAAUAUUUGUGUGAUACUAUUGUGGAUUCGGAUGAUAACAAGUUCGAUGUGUUAGCAUGGUGGAAGGUUAAUGGUGGUAAGUAUCGUGUACUAUCUGCAAUUGCUAAGGAUGUAUUGUCAAUUCCUGUAUCUACUGUGACAUUGGAAUAAGCUUUUAGCAUUGGAGGUCGUGUUCUUGAUUCA